UUCCCCAUACAAAUUGCCCGUUCUGCAUCGGCAAGCCAGUGUCCCGAGUGUUUGUUUUGAUUCUGUGACGAGGUGUGAGGCUUAGCGCUGUAGUAGGUGGUUGUGGAUACGUGGUUACAUUUUUGAGGAGGGUCGUUGUGAUCUCAUCUAAAGAGAUUCUUCCCUAAAUCGGAGUAGAGUCGCUUGUUUGUUGAUUGGAUUGAUUGUCGCUGUGAGGGAGAAGUUGAAAUACGUAACAAAUUAUGGGAGGAGGACUUUUUGAUAGUAUGUUGGAUCCUUACAGCACUGCGUGCAUGUAUCCUAGGGCGCAAACGAGGGGUCGGUAUUAUCGGCCAAGGUCUCCUGCGUAUGAUUAUCCUGGUUUUACUGGGAUGCCAGAGAAUCGCGUCUUUUCGAGUGAGGUUAAGGAAACUCCUGUUGGGAGGGCUGUAAGGACGAUUCCUGUUACAGAUGGAAGUGCACCUGUGGCGAUGUCGCGAAACGUGGAUCGAGUAAAGACGCCGCCUGAGCUUGAGAGGUUUGCGAGUAAGGAGCUAGCCGCAAGGAAGAUCCAAGCUGUGUACCGUGGUUAUUCCGUGCGAAGGACUCAACCUCUGAAACACUUGAGAUUGACCAUGAAAGUCAAAGAGGAGCUGAAGAAGUUGAAGUUGAAGUUGGAAGGGGAAGAACAGAGGAAAAAGCUUUGUAGUGACCCGCAGGAAAGAAUUAGGUGGACGGAAGGUGUCAUGGCAUUGCUAUUACGGUUGGAUCAGCUGCAAGGUGCGCAUCCGGAUGUCCGAAUCAUACGUAAGGCAGUAGCAAAAGAACUGAUAGCAUUACAGGGACAGCUCGAUUCCCUCUCCGAUUCCUCUGAAGAGCACAGUGUUGGAGAUGCACCUGAAGAGAACAUUACCAUGCGGGAUGCAGCGGGUGAAGGGACGAAAAUAUUUCAUGAUGACGCAAACAUUCCUGCUGUAGAAACCACGGAGGGAGUGGAAUUCAAGAACAACAUUUCGCAGGAAUUGAAUGAUUUUGAAAAUAAGAACUUUGCACCGACAGUACAGGAAGCAGAUGAUAUCCAUUCUGCCCUCGAGGUCAAUCAGACUAAGUAUCAGAGUUCUGUAUUAGAGGAGGGCAACGAGAUGGAUGAGAAUAAUUCUGAUGACAUCAAGGUCAAUGAGAAUUUAACACCGGAGCAUCAGUUACCUGUGGAGGUGAGUGCCUCAGUCGCCGCAGAUUGUCAUGAACAAGCUGCUUCGUUCCAUAGACCAAUAGGUGAGAGCGCGAAUACAAAUGUGGAACGAGUUUUGGAACCAUGCUCUUCAGAGACUUCUUCUGAGAUUUCAAUUGGUGAAGGAAAUGAAGAAAGAAUGCUGGGUUCAAAUCCAGCCCUCGACUUGGCAGAGGGAGAUAAGGGAAGUGUAUUUCGCACGGAAAAUCACAUUACCGGAGAGGGCUGUCAAAUAGACGAUGCAGUGGCAAGUGCACCCUGUAAAGAUUCUACUGAAGAUCCAAUCGCAGUCAAGAAUGAGGCAACAGUUCCUGUCGAGAAUGAUCGCAGCAGUGAGUUGGGUCACACCACGAGGAGUGAAGCAGAGAGACCAAUGAUUGAAGUUGAAAAGCCAGAGCUCAAUACUGCACCAAACUCUUCCGUGGAUGGUUUCUAUCCUGAUGCUCUCAUGCGUCUGGAAGGGAGAGAGGAUGAUGCAGGACUGCCGGAUCUAGGUGGAAGAUGGAUGAUUUCAGCAAGUCCUUCGAAAACUCCUUGUCUGGAAUCGCAAUGCGCUGCGAGUUUGGAAGUUGGUCAGUCUCAGUCUCCAACUGCAGAGAAUUGUAAUGCUUUGUCGAACCGUGCGCUGCUGCAGCAACUGCUCGAGGAGAAUCGGAAACUGAAGGAUGUCGUUGGGCAAGUGUUACACUGGGGGAAGCAACAGAAUGAUAUUAUUUACAAUUUAGCUAGCCGGAUCGAAAAACUGGAGGAACACCGGCCCCAAGCAAACAUGUUGCAUGAGGAGAAAAACAAGGGCAGGAAUGGAAGUAGCACUGAAACAUAUUUGGCUGGCGAUAGGGGAAGAUCACUCCCCAGGAUGGAGAGAAAUCGCAGGAAAGGAAGGUCGAGGCAUCGGUUCCAAUUAGGUUACUUAGAUCCAGAAAAUUGGCUCUCGGCAGAUUCAGACGAAUGUUUUUGAAUCUAGAAUUAGAGACUAGUUGAUGUCCGCAAAAUCAUGAACAUAAAUACAGUUUUUUUUUGUGAAUAAUAUGUUCAAUUUACACCUCAAA